AUGCUGAGCUGGAACCGGGUGCGCCAGCGGCUUCGCGGCCGCGUGUGUAUCCCUGGCGUGGUGUACAGCGACGAGAUUGAUGCGGCGGCACGGCUGCAGGAGCAGCAAGAGGCGUCGCUGUGGCGUGGCAAUUUGCGCAACAUUCGCAUGGACACCGUGCCGGGCCUCCUGCUGCGCUCAAACAGCCCUGACCAGGCGAGGACCGGCCCCGAGGAGGCGCCUUACACAUUCUGGGAGCGCGUUGGCGUCGUGCCGGUGCACCCGUCGCGCGUGCGGCCGCGGCAGUACUACCACCCUACCACCGACUUCGGCCUUUACGACUACGACGAGGUGCCGCCGGAGGAGAAGGAGCUGACGGCGCGCUGGAUGGCAAAAGUGCUAGAGUUCAACGGCGCCGUCCCUCUUGGCAUCUUGUGCUUCGCCGGGUGCCUUGUGCUGCCGCUGCAUACGGUAUAUCGUAUGCCGUUGCUUGUCGCGUCCGGCGCGACAGGCGUGGCGGUGGAGAUCGUGCGCGCGUACAUGUCCGCUGCGAAGGAGCGGCAGGACCUCGACGACUUCAUUUUGGCAAAGGAGAUUUGGUACAUCAAGAACAUGGAGGCGUACCAGCUGGGCAUCCCUCUAAUCCCAAAGGGACGUGAGGCGGAGUACCACGCGUACAUGGACGGUGCCAUCUCCACAACACAGGAGCUACCGGACGACCUGAUCGACGCUCUUCACUGA